GCUGCGGGCCUGGGAUCGAGGCGGCUGGACGGAGGUCGAGCUGUCGGGAGGGCGGAGUCCCAGGGUCUGCAAAGAUGCUGGCGGUCCCAGACAUGGGUCUGCAGGGGCUGUACAUUGGCUCCAGCCCUGAGCGGUCCCCCGUGCCUAGCCCGCCCGGCUCCCCAAGGACCCAGGAAAGCUGUGGCAUUGCCCCACUCACACCCUCGCAGUCUCCAAAGCCCGAGACCCGGGCCCCCCAGCACGCUCCCUUCUCCGUGGUGGUGGCCAUCGACUUUGGCACCACCUCCAGUGGCUAUGCUUUCAGCUUCGCCAGUGAUCCUGAAGCCAUCCACAUGAUGAGAAAAUGGGAGGGCGGGGACCCAGGAGUGGCCCACCAGAAGACCCCCACCUGCCUGCUUUUGACCCCGGAGGGCGCCUUUCACAGUUUUGGCUACACCGCCCGCGAUUACUACCACGAUCUGGACCCUGAGGAGGCACGAGACUGGCUCUACUUCGAGAAGUUCAAGAUGAAGAUCCACAGCGCUACGGAUCUCACCCUGAAGACCCAGCUAGAGGCUGUGAAUGGAAAGAAAAUGCCUGCCCUGGAGGUGUUCGCCCACGCCCUGCGCUUCUUCAAGGAGCAUGCCCUUCAGGAGCUGAGGGAGCAGUGCCCAUCGCUACCAGAGAAGGACACUGUGCGUUGGGUGUUGACAGUCCCCGCCAUCUGGAAACAGCCCGCCAAGCAAUUCAUGCGUGAGGCUGCCUACCUGGCUGGCCUGGUGUCCAGGGAGGAUGCAGAGCAACUACUCAUCGCCCUGGAGCCAGAGGCUGCCUCUGUCUACUGCCGCAAGCUGCGUCUACACCAGCUCUUGGACCUAAGCAGCCGGGCUCCGGGCAGUGGACGCCUGGGUGAGCGCCGCUCCAUCGAUUCCAGCUUCCGGCAGGCCCGUGAGCAGCUGCGCCGUUCCCGCCACAGCCGCACCUUCCUGGUGGAGUCUGGCAUUGGAGAGCUGUGGGCAGAGAUGCAAGCAGGAGACCGCUACGUGGUGGCAGACUGCGGAGGAGGCACAGUGGACCUGACCGUGCACCAGCUGGAGCAGCCACAUGGCACCCUCAAGGAGCUCUACAAGGCAUCUGGCGGUCCCUAUGGCGCGGUGGGCGUGGAUCUGGCCUUUGAGCAGCUGCUGGGCCGCAUCUUCGGUGAGGACUUCAUCACCACCUUCAAAAGGCAACGGCCAGCAGCCUGGGUGGAUCUAACCAUCGCCUUCGAGGCCCGCAAACGCACUGCAGGCCCGCACCGCGCAGGGGCGCUCAACAUCUCGCUGCCAUUCUCCUUCAUCGACUUCUACCGCAAACAGCGAGGCCACAACGUGGAGACAGCCCUGCGCCGGAGCAGCGUGAACUUCGUGAAAUGGUCCUCACAGGGGAUGCUCAGGAUGUCUUGCGAGGCCAUGAACGAGCUCUUUCAGCCCACGGUCAGUGGGAUCAUCCAGCAUAUAGAGGCGCUGCUGGCGAGGCCGGAGGUGCAGGGCGUGAAGCUGCUGUUCCUGGUGGGCGGCUUCGCGGAGUCGGCUGUGCUGCAGCACGCGGUGCAGACUGCACUGGGCGCCCGCGGGCUGCGCGUGGUGGUCCCGCACGACGUGGGCCUCACCAUCCUCAAGGGCGCUGUGCUGUUCGGGCAGGCGCCGGGCGUGGUGCGCGUGCGCCGCUCGCCGCUCACCUACGGCGUGGGCGUGCUCAACCGCUUCGUGGCCGGGCGCCACCCGCCCGAAAAACUGCUGGUCCGCGACGGCCGCCGCUGGUGCACCGACGUCUUCGAGCGCUUCGUGGCCGCUGAGCAGUCGGUAGCCCUGGGCGAGGAGGUGCGGCGCAGCUACUGUCCCGCGCGGCCGGGCCAGCGGCGCGUGCUCAUCAACCUGUACUGCUGCACCGCCGAGGACGCGCGCUUCAUCACCGACCCGGGCGUGCGCAAGUGCGGCGCGCUCAGCCUAGAGCUGGAGCCCGCCGACGGCGCGUCCUCCGGCCGCCGCGAGAUCCGCGCCGCCAUGCAGUUUGGCGACACCGAGAUCAAGGUCACCGCCGUCGACGUCAGCACCAACCGCUCCGUGCGUGCCGCCAUCGACUUUCUUUCCAACUGAGGACACGGUGCCAGCCCGACUCCGUGCCAGGCCCCGCCCUCUUGCGAUUGGGGGUCUGGGGCGUCGGCUUGCGGAGGACAGAGCUGCUGGC